AUGCAGGCUCAAAAUUCUCACUGUGUUGGACCUGAGAAUCCAGAAGCUGGGAUUGCGCCAUCUUGUCAAGGGUGUCCAAAUGCCUCUAUAUGUGCUUCUGCUCCUAAAGGACCUGAUCCCGAUAUUGAAAUUAUUAAACAACGUUUGUCAGGAGUUAAACGGAAGGUUAUGAUUAUUAGUGGAAAGGGUGGUGUAGGAAAAAGUACACUCACUAAAGAACUUGCAUUUGCUUUGGGUAAACGUGGAUUAAACGUUGGUGUGGUAGACCUUGAUAUAUGUGGACCUUCACUACCAAGACUAACAGGAGUUAGAGGAGAAGAUAUUCAUCAGAGUGCUACAGGUAUUGAACCUGUUUUAAUUGAUGAAACAGUUUCUAUGAUGUCUAUGCAUUAUUUAUUGGGAGAAAAAAAUGAAGCUGUACUUUUUCGAGGACCUCGAAAGAAUGGUGUCAUCAAGAUGUUUUUAAAAGAUGUUGUUUGGGGUGAUCUUGAUGUUAUGCUUAUUGAUACACCCCCUGGAACAUCUGAUGAACAUAUUACAAUUGCUUCACUUUUACAACAAUGUGGAGGUAUUAGUGGCGCUAUCUUGAUAACCACUCCUCAAUUAGUAGCAGAAGCUGAUGUAAGACGAGAGGUAAAUUUCUGUCAUAAGGCGAAAGUAGAAGUUCUAGGGAUUGUUGAAAAUAUGAGUGGUUUUGUUUGUCCUAACUGUGGUGGAAACUCUGUUAUAUUUCCACGGACUAAUGGCCAAGGGGCAGGAAUGCGCUUAAGUAAUGAAUUUGGAAUCCCACUUUGGGGAGAAGUUCCUUUAGAUCCAGUUUUAAUGAAAGCAUGUGAAGAAGGUAUUCCGUUAACAGAUAUAGUUGAAUCUACAAGUCCGACAAUUAAAAUAUUAGACUCUGUUGCUGCACAAUUGGUUGCAUCACUAGCAAUAGAGUAG